UUAUCUUCCUUUCCUUCUCUUCCCUCCCUCAACUUGUUCUUCAAUUUGAUUGUUUUUUUUUUUGGGUUCUUUCUGAAGAAAUUUACGAGUGCGAGGUUUCCUCGUAGAUUCCCUUUCUUUUUCUCCGCUAAUUCCGAUCGUUUUCGAUUCUUUUACGGCUUUUUCCAUCGGCAAGAUUUCUGCAUUUGAUUGCAGAGGGAUAGAUUGGCGAGGCCUGUAGAGACUUCGUGGCAUGUCAUACCAUCAGCAAGAUAUGGAUGAAUUUGAUUACAUGGCGGGUGGGCAUGAAAUGGCUGAUGAAAUUGAUGAUGGAGAACUGGGUGAAGACGAAUUAGACAUGCUUACCAAGGUGACAGAUACAUCAUCUGCCCUUGCGAGGAAGGGACAGGACAUUCAAGGUAUUCCAUGGGAGAGCUUGAAUAUUACUCGCGAGAAGUACCGGUUGACAAGGCUUGAACAGUAUAAAAAUUAUGAAAAUAUUCCUUUAUCCGGAGCAUCUGUUGAUAAGGAGUGCAAAGCAAUAGAAAGUGGAGGGAACUACUAUGAGUUCUUUCACAAUACAAGACUGGUUAAGCCUACUAUCUUGCACUUUCAGCUAAGGAACUUGGUUUGGGCGACUUCAAAACAUGAUGUGUAUUUGAUGUCCAAUUAUUCUGUCAUGCACUGGUCAUCUUUAUCCGGCAACUUAUCUGAGAUCCUCAACUUUUCUGGGCAUGUAGCACCUACGGAGAAACAUGCUGGAAGUCUAUUAGAGGGUUUUACACAAACUCAGAUUAGCACACUUGCAGUCAAGGACAAUUUUCUGGUUGCAGGUGGAUUCCAAGGAGAGCUUACUUGCAAGCGUUUGGAUAAACAAGGAGUAAGCUUCUGUACUCGCACAACACAUGAUGAUAACGCAAUUACAAAUGCUGUUGAAAUAUAUGACAGCAUGAGUGGUGAAUUACAUUUCAUGGCAGCAAAUAAUGAUUGCAGCGUGAGAGAGUAUGACAUGGAGAGGUUUCAGCUUUUGAAUCACUUCCAUUUUUCAUGGCCAGUAAAUCAUACAUCAAUGAGCCCAGACCGGAGGCUUAUCACUGUUGUUGGGGAUCACACAGAUGGAUUGAUUGUUGAUUCAAGAAAUGGAACGGCUAUAGGUACGGUUGUUGGUCAUCGAGAUUACUCCUUCGCUUCUGCUUGGCAUCCCAAUGGUCGGAUGUUUGCUACUGGGAAUCAAGACAAGACAUGCCGAGUAUGGGAUAUAAGGAAGUUCUCAUCACCCAUUGCAGUUCUUAAGGGUCAUAUCGGUGCUGCUCGGUCGAUCCGUUAUUCAUCAGACGGUCAGUUCAUGGUGGUUGCUGAACCUGCAGAUUUUGUACAUGUGUAUAGCACAAGUGCAGAUUAUAAGAAGAGACAAGAGAUCGAUUUCUUCGGAGAGAUCUCUGGGGUGUCGUUGAGCCCAGAUGAUGAGUCUCUGUACAUAGGAAUCUGGGAUAGGACAUAUGCAAGCUUACUACAAUAUAACAGGAGGCAUACCUAUGGAUAUAUUGAUUCAUUCUUGUAGUCGUCACUCUCUUGUAAGGGAGAAAAUAGUAUUUUGUGGUUAAAAGAAAAGAAUGGUUUAUCUUUCCCGGCAACGCCGAGCGACCGAAACAAUAUCACAGACUUGGAAGUAAGUAAUUCUUGGAACUGGUUUCUGAAGCUGUACAUAGUUUCUAGUUUUGUAUUGUUCAUGUUUAUUGAAAAUGAAAAUGAAUGGCUGCUCAGGUGACUACUUUCUUCCCCUUCA